UUUUCGCUAAGUGUCGUAUAUCUGACAAGGCUUUUAUAAAUCACACAACGAAGAAGGGUGUGUAGGUGUGAAAAGACAAAAUGUUGAGUUUAUUAGCAGCAUGUUGUAGUUGCAGAUGCGCACACGAAAGAGACGCUUGAUGUAGUGGGUCUCCAUUAAGAUGUCUUUCUACUUUACGUUCCUAACUCUUCUGUUUUUCGUGCACACAACUGUUGCAAAUAUCGAGACACCAUUCAAGGAUGCCGAAAAUGCCAUGAAAUAUCUAAAAAAUCACUUGACCGCAUUGACGCAACAAGUCAUGUUGCAGCAGUUCUUUGUGGAACAAAGAGUCCGCUCCGAAGGUCAAAGUGGAUUGAAGCUAGUCCGUCAAAGAAGAGGUGGUGCCAAGAAUUAUUUCACGGAGACACACACCGGGUACUCCGCUGCCGCCAUACACGAUCAUGCUAACAACAUUCGCACUGUAGGGAUGGGGGAGUUUACUGCUGUCUUGAACGGCAUCGAAUUUAAAACUCGCCAUAAUGAUUACAGUCUGAAAAUGCCUCACCGAAGCGACAAAACGUAUGGUGCCACAGAAGAAGUUCCGUUCCCUGAUGUUCCCCCUGAGGUCACGAAAAAGCCUACCAUUGAUGAACAGAUCACAGAAAUGAGAGAAUGGUUCAAAGCAUGGAGAGAUCAGGAUCAUUCCAAAAGGGAUUACAGAAAGUAUUUUAAACCAACUUUGUGUUAUCUGGAAGGCUCGUGGACAACUUCUGGCCAAAAAAUUGAAGAACCAUUCACAAGUGAUCGACAUUUUGUUGAUGCAGCAACUUGGAUGGAGCUUCAUGAGAAGUCAAGAUUUGUGUCGUACACCGGAACCAAAAGCUUGCUCGAGAACCUCUCUUUUCUACCAACAAAGAUCAUUGGAUUAUUAAAUGAAUCUGUGCCAGUUUUCUCUCAAUGGAACUAUCGCAUCUUAUGUCACCCGCUCAAAAAAGAUGUUCCGUUGAGACGGUUACGUGUGGUGGAAGAUUUGAGCUCUAGAAUGAUGAGCGGGUAUAACAUUUAUCGACAUAUGCAUUCAAGAGCUGCGAGAUUUCAAUUCAAUGUAAAAGACGAGAAAAAUUUUUACGAGCGACCCGUAUCGCAAAGAGGUUUCCUAGAUGAACUUAUGGAAGAAAUUCCAGGGAAAGAUAAUUAUCAAGCUAAGUUGAACGAUGAAGGAUUAGACACAGAUGUUAUGAACGAUAACAUGACAAAAAAAGAUGUUUCAAGGUAUCAUAGAUGGUAUCGUGUGGCUGGUAGAGACGCCAUGGGAACGGCAAACAUCCAUCGUGGAUACUCAGAUGAUUUCCUCUUCGCUGCUAUGAAUACGCAACCAAAAGUUGCCGGCGUGAAAAUAAGAAAGUGCAAAAACAAGUGGAAAAAGGAUACUUGUUAUGAUCUGGAACAAAAGUGGUCAUAUGCGAUACCAUUAGAACUGAUUUACCUCACGCCUCUAUCAAAGUGGAACCCCUACAAAUUAAAGUAUCAUGGCGAUCAUACAAAAUCGCGCACCAUUGCUCAAGCAAAUGGACGUUUUGGGGAUUGUAAGCAGGGCGCGAAAAAAGAACUGAAUGGCACCACAAGUAAGCUGUAUUAUAUCACUCCGAAUGAAUUUUAUGCUGGUGGACAUGUUGGACGAACUGGUGCUGAUACAUCAAGAGGAUUGACCUGUGUGUUGGAUCAAAAGGGCGUGUCUAGAAAGGUGCGAGCGUCUGGAACUCACGUGUUUUUGCCCUACAUUACAGAUGUUGGUGUCCUCAGACAACGCUACCCAAUUUUUCCCGUGCAUGGCGAAGGCUCGUCUGUUUGGAAAGAAUUGAACGCUUUAAGAGAUGUGGUUAUGAAUGAUUUAGAGCACAUGAAAUGGUCAAGUAGCGAAAUCGAGAAAACGAAAGAUUCGAAUGAUACGGAAUUAACGAUGGGCGCAUCAAGAUCAACAAAGACAACUCAGCAUACCCAUAUUGUUGAGCUUACUCCGCAAGAAGUUUUACAAUGUAAGGGUGGCCAGGAUAUCUACAAGUCGUCGUCUCUUGCUAAUAACCAUCAACAUGACUUGAGAAUCCGUUGGAAUAAAACCAACCAGCAAUAUUUUUAUGUUCAGUGUGACGAAAAGUGGAGCUGCUGGGAUGGUCAUCAUAAGUAUUUCACAAUUGUGGAACUAGAUGAGGAUGCUGGAGUAUGAACACGUUCACUUUUUCAUAACGGCAAAAAAGGGACUUGAUUCUCGAUUAUGGGAGUCCAGUUAUGUAUUUAAUGGGAAAGGAAUAUAAUUGUAUCGGGAUGCUUCAAAAAAGAUGUAAUAAAAGACUGAAA